AGAGAAGGCCCAGCAUACCUCGCAGGGCAGGCCACCGACCGCGUGAGCCAUCCGCAGCAAAGUCGCGCCACCCCAGGCGGUUUUAGCCUCCAGCGUGGCAGUGGUCUACACAGCGCAUCUCAUCACGACUUGGCCACGAACUCUAGGGACACGUGCAGCUUGCUGUGGAUGGAAGUACACGAGCUCGCACUGGUCAGCUACAGUGCUGGGAUCAGCGCGUGCGAGAAGGGUGAGCAGUGGCCGAGGGCCAUAUCGCUGCUCAACGAGAUGCUGGCUGUGAAGGUGGAGCCCGGCGUCAUUACUUACAGUGCCGUGCUCAGCGCGUGCGAGAAGGGCGAGCAAUGGCAACGGGGUCUGUCGCUGCUCCACGACAUGCUGGAGAUGGAGUUGGAGCCCGACGUUAUCAUCUACAGUGCUGCGAUCAGCGCGUGCGAGAAAGGCGAGCAGUGGCAGCGGGCCGUGUUACUGCUCAGGAGCAUGCGGGCGGACGGGCUGGAGCCUAACGCCUUCAGUUACAACGCUGGGAUCAGCCGCGUGCGAAAAGGGCGCGCAGUGGCAGCGGGCGCUGGUGCUGCUGAGUGAGACGCGGGAGGCGAGGCUGAAGCCCAGCUCACCUACAACGCUGGGAUCAGCACGUGCGAGAAGUGCGAGAAGUGGCAGCGAGCUCUGGCGCUGCUGAGCGAGAUGCGGGAGGCGAAGCUGGAGCCCGACGUCGGCAGCUUCAACGCGGGCAUCAGCGCGUGCGAGAAGGGUCGGCAGUGGCGGCGGGCUCUGGCGCUGCUUGGCGAGAUGUGGGAGGCGAAGUUGGAGCCCGACGUCAUCAGCUUCAACGCUGGGAUCAGUGCUUGCGAGAAGGGGCAGCAGUGGCAGCGGGCGCUGGCGCUGCUGGGCGAGAUGUGGGAGGCGAAGCUGGAGCCCAAUGUCAUCAGCUACAACGCUGGGAUCUACUCGUGUGAAAGGUCCGCCCAGUGGCGGCAGGCGUUGUCGCUGCUCGGCAAGAUGCGGGACACGAACUUGGAGCCGAACGGACUCAGCCACCACUUGAGCAUCACAGCGUAUGAGAGGUCGUCUGGCAGUUUGGCAGGAUUCCCAGGCUGUCGUGGGAUCGGUCUUUCGCGCUUUCGAGUUUCUUGCGAAGCACUGUGCCUGUGGGACGCAGCUGGGUAAGAAUUGUGGUUGCGUGGACGGGCACCCGUAUUUUGAAUUUGGCAGCGGCAUUCCAUCGACCAGGAAGCCGUUGUCGAUAGAAUUACAUGGGUCCGCCUUGGCGCUAGGAUCAGCACGAAUGACAGGGGCGAGCACCGAGAGCGGGCCCUGCCGCUGCUCAGCGAGAUGUCGACGCUGGCGUUGGAGCUCACUGUCGACAGCUGCUCGGCGAGUUGCGGGAUGCGAAGUCGGAGCCCAACGUCAUCCGUGGCGCCGCUGGGGUCAGCGCGUGCGAUAAAAGGGCGCUCAGUGGCAGGUGGGCUUUGGCGCUGCUCAGCGAAGUGCGGGAUGCGAAGCUGUAGCCCAGCGUCAUCUGUACUAUACUUCUGGGCCGUGCGCGCGCGAGGA